AAGCCUGGCUGCAUGAUUCACUAAUUCCUGUGCUUGGUUAUACAGUUUGUUUAGUCAGUGCGUAAUAGGAGGACAUAGAAACAGUUUGUGGAGAGAGCCUGAAAGUAAAGGAUGCUGCUGCUGGAAGGGCUGAUCAUAUUCCCUCAUAUUCUUUGCUUCAUAUCAAGUUCUGCAUACGCGGCAGCAGGACCCAUCUUCUUGAUUACUUCUCCCAUGGAUAUACGGCCAGGUGUAAACCUGACACUAGGCAUUGAAAUGCUACAAGAGAGCCCUCCCUUAGUAAAAGUAGUGGCUCAACUCCAAAAAGAUGAACACACAUUGCUUGAGGGAGAAAGCUUCUUCAAAAGAGGAGGCUUUGGAACAUUGGUACUUCCACAACUUCCAUUAAAUAGUGUCAAUGGAAAAUAUGAACUAAACGUGAAAGGAUAUUCUGAGGAAAACCUGAUAUUUUUCAACAAGACAUCCUUAGAGUUCAAGUCCAAAGGUUUCUCUGUCUUCAUUGAAACUAACAGUGUUUUUUAUAAGCCUGGCCAAGAAGUCAAGAUACGAAUACUAGCCUUCUCCUUUCACAUGAAGCCUUACAAAUCUACAGUCGAUAUAUACAUUUUGGAUCCCCAGGGAAAUUUGAUUGAACAAUGGCUUGAAGAGGAAAUGGAAUUAGGUGUUGUAUCCCAAAGCUUAUACCUCAGCGAUAACCCUCCCCUAGGUGACUGGACUAUAAAAGUGAAGUUGCAUCAACAGCUUCAUUAUCAAACAUUUACAGUUAUGGAACAAGUUUUACCCAGAUUUGAAGUUCUCCUGAAUACAACGUUAUAUCAUUCAAUUAAAAAUCCUCAUCUUGAAGGUACAGUUACUGCAAAGUACACAUAUGGAAUGCCUGUAAAAGGAAAACUUUCAGUCAUGUUAAGUCAUAAUUCAAUCUACAAGAAGAAAACAAAUAUUACCAAAGAUUUUGUGAUAAACGGAUGUGCGCGGUUCAGCUUCAGUAACGUAGAGUUGAAAGAGCUUAUGAAAAAUGCAGAUUAUGGAUCUAAUAAGGUUACCGGCCCAGUGGACAUUGAUGUUAAUGUUAAGGAGUCACUAACAGGCAUUACACAGAAUGUGACCACAAGUGUGUUUGUAAUUGACAAAGAAUAUAAUAUUGAGUUUUUGGACCAUCCCACUGUCCUGAAACCAAUGCUGAACUUCACAAUACGUUUGCAGAUUGUGAGGUAUGAUGGCAGGAAGCUGACUGCUGAAGAAAGAGAUAAUGAAGUUGCAGUGACAGUAACACAGACUAGAAGGUUUAAUUUUAGAGACAACUCUGUCGAACUGAACGCAACGGAAAAUGAGUCUGAAGAUAAUGUAGAAAUGAUACAACUUACACGCUAUACUGUUCCCAAAAAUGGUAUAAUUUGUAUUGAGAUUCCACUCUUGGCUGAUAUCAUGCAUUUAUACAUUAAGGCUGAAUUUUUGGAUGCUAAAAAUAAUCUUUUCAUAAAUGAUCUGUUUAGCUCACUAAAUGGUACAUAUAUUCAAAUAAAGAAAGCAGAUCAAGAUUUAAAGGUUGGAAUACCUUAUACUCUUUCUGUAGAUGGAAGUUUCCCUUUAAAGGAUAUAAGUUACCUGGUUGUAUCCAAAGGUCAGAUUGUGGCUGGAGGUAAAGGUAACCCCAAGAAUAUCACCCUUAAUCCUGAAAAUACAUGGACCCCAGAAGUGUGUUUAAUUGUUUAUCAUGUAGCUAAUGAUGGCACAGUUACAAAUGAUGUCACAGCAGUUUCCGUGCAGCCCAUCUUUGAAAACAAGGUAUAUAUUUCAUGGAAUACAACUCAGGCAAGGCCAGCCGAUAUGGUUUCUCUUAAUGUCAAUGUUGCUGAGCCCAAUUCACUUGUUGUGCUUUCUGUAAUAGACAAAAGAGUAAAGCUUCUUGGGGAUAGACAAGAAAUUUCUACAGCAAAUGUGCUAAAGGAGUUGAAAAGUUACAGCACUUCUCACAUACAACAUUACACUAACCCCUCUGAGGUUUUUGAGAUGUGCAAUAUUGGAGUGAUGACUGAUGCCAAUAUUGAAGUUCAUGAUCACUUUGAUAUAUUGUUUGAAUCAGGCUUCGAUAUACCAGUACAAGGGGCACUUCCUGUUAAUUUUGGCAGCCCUCGGAUAAGAUCUCUUUUCCCAGAGACGUGGAUUUGGAAACAUUUAAAAACUGGAUCCACAACACAUAUGACACUUGACUUGAAGGUGCCAGAUGUCAUCACUACUUGGAUCACUAGCGCUUAUGUGAUCUCUGAGAAUUUCGGAUUUGGAAUGCUGGCACCCCCAGAGCAGUUGGAAGCCUUUCAGCCAUUCUUUCUUUCCUUAAAUCUGCCCAGUUAUGUUAUCAGAGGAGAACAAUUUGUGUUGGAAGUAAUUGUCUUCAACUAUUUGCAGAAAGAAACUGAGGUGUCUGUAACACUUGAAAAAAGUGAUGCUUUUGAAAUUCAGUUAGCAUUUGUAAAUGCAAGUGAAAGCCAACAGUCUGUGUCAGUCCCAAGCCAAGAAGGAAAAAUUGUUUUCUUUCCAAUCAAACCAAUUCAUCUUGGCGAGAUUCCUAUUACUGUGAAAGCCAUAUCCGCUCUUGCUUCAGAUGCUGUAACUCAGAAACUACAAGUUAAGGCAGAAGGAGUUCAACAAUCACAUUCACAGACACUCCUUUUGGAUCUGAUGGGCAACAAACCAAAAUCUAUUUCACAGACUUUGAAUUUUACAUUCCCUCCUGAUGUAGUAAGUGGCAGUGAAAAGGCAUUUAUUACUGUUGUUGGUGAUCACCUUGGGCUUUCCAUUAGAAGCAUAAAGUCAUUAAUUCAAAUGCCAUAUGGAUGUGGUGAACAGAACAUGAUAAGAUUUGCUCCUAACAUUUUCAUUAUGGAAUACCUAUCCAGAACAAAGCAACUGAAUGAAGACGUUGCCCAUAAACUUAUUUCAUUUAUUAAAAAUGGCUACCAGAGACAGCUUGUCUAUCAAAGGGAAGAUGGAUCAUUUAGUGCUUUUGGAAAUAAGGAUCCUUUUGGAAGUACAUGGCUUUCGGCAUUUGUUCUGCAAUGUUUUUUGAAAGCAAGACCAUUUAUACUAGUUGACCCAGUGGUACUGCAUAAUACACUAACAUGGCUUUUGAAACACCAGCGGAAAAAUGGUGAAUUCUGGGAACCUGGGACAGUGAUUUAUUCCCAGAUUCAAGGAGGCCAUCACAGUGCAAUUACUCUAACUGCCUACAUCAUGGCCGCUCUCAUUGAAUACCCAGGACUAAAGAACUCCUCUCAAGUGGCAGCUGCAACAGAUUACUUAGAAUCACAAAUGGAUGAAAUCAUUUCAGACAAUUACACCCUUAGCCUUGUGACAUAUGCACUUUCAUUGGUUGGAAGAAGCAAAGCAACAGAAGGGUUGGAUCUUCUAAACAUGAGAGCGGAGCAAGAAGGGCAAUUAAGAUUUUGGAGAUCCUCAAUAUCUAGUUGCCAACAUCCAUGUUCUACAGAUAUAGUGAUUUCUGCCUAUGCACUUCUGUCCUAUGUCGUUCAGAAUCGAAUUGCAGAAGGGAUGGCAGUGAUGAAAUGGUUAAGCCAACAACGAAGCCAUCUCGGAGGUUUUUCCUCUACUCAGGACACUAUUAUAGCUCUGCAAGCAAUGUCUUCAUUUGCAUCUGUGUAUACAAUAAACAAACAAAUACUGGCAAUUACAGUGGAUUCUCAUCCCCUGAAUUCUACUGCAACCUUUCAAAUUGACUCAAACAACCGCAUUCUUCUUCAAACCAAACAACUUGCUGUUCAGCAGCAAAUGAACCUCACUGUACAUGCAGAGGGUACUGGUUUUGCCAUUUUACAGUUUCACACUAUUUACAAUCUAAAAAAUUCAGUUCCUGGAAGGUACAAAUCCAUAUCAAGUCAGGACGCUUUUGAUUUAGGUAUUACUGUACUUGACAACAAAGAUAAUUUAAAUGUUGUCUCUUUAAACAUUUGCACAAGGAGCAUACCAAGAGAUGGCUCUACCCAGACUGGGAUGGUUCUAAUGCAAGUGGACUUACUUAGUGGGUUCAGUUUGGUUCCUGAAGGCAUUCCAAUGAAAUACCCCAUCAAAAAAGUGGAUUAUAAUGAAGGGAAAAUCAACAUUUACCUUGACUCUCUGAACCAAACUGAAGUUUGCAUAAACAUCCCAGCUACUAGAGAUUUUAAAGUUGGAUACACCCAAGAAGCUUUUGUAUACGUAAUUGAUUACUAUGAUCCAGGACAAAGGGCAAUCAGAAGCUACAAUUCAGAAGUAAUGCAGCAAGUUUCACCUUGUUCUUUCUGCAAUGAUGACUGCAAUCAAUGUAUAACAGGGAAUCAUGCCUUAAGGACUGAACAAACAUUGUUUAUCAAUUACCUGUUUAUUAUAUUACUGCUAUUUCAAGUAAUGUUACUGUAAGCAAUGCAGAUUCCUUGAUGAAAAACACACUUAUAUAUAUGAAUGAUGUAUAUCCAAAGGUGCAUAAAACCAGCUACUGUAAUUUGAGAAAACACCUAAAAUGGUCCAAUACAAUUACAAUAAAGGGACUCUGUUACAUACAUGUGCCAUGUAAGUCUUACUGCCCUCUCCUCCUGAUAUUGGCACCUGCCUCUGGACAUUUGAUAUUGUAUUUUUGCCCACUCUAUUGACAAAGGUACUUCUGAUAAAUUGUUUCCAAAUGCAGAGUACAGGAGGCAUGGGCAUAAGCAAGCCUUGGAAUUAACAACUGCAUUGAGGAGCUGUUUUUUUAAGGGUUCCCCAAAGCAUGUUGCACCUACACACACAACCCACUUAGUGAAUGGUGUGCAAAUACUUUCGAUACUUAUCGAUGCCACUUGUUAGAAGAAACAUUAUUCACACACACAUUUGUUAACAAAAACUUGCCCUGCCUGCCAUUUGAAGACAAUUUCCUUAUGUAGGCACUAAUUUGCAUCUGCAUUAGUAAUAAAGCUUAAGUUGCAGCAAAGGUUUUUAUAAGGGGCCUGCUAUUGUGUGGGAAUUCUGGGGAAAAGACUGUAUUAUGAGUUAAAAUAUGGAUUGAUCUGUAUAUUGCACUUUGCUUUGGUUUAGUUAAUUAGAUUUUAUUAAACCAUUGCCAAGUUGUGUGACAUGGCCUCAGUUCUCAGAUACUUGGCAUGACAUGUUGCUAGUUAUCUCUGCUCUUACACUUGCAAUAAUCUAACAUUAUCCCAGCAUUUUUUAAUGACAGCUUUGCCAGUUCAUAUUUAAUGCCUGCAUAAUAAUAUUCCUUGUUAGGCUCAGCAUUUUGUGGAUAAUUUCUCAGUCUAUAGUUACCCUUCUAACAUUGUUUUGUAUAAUAUCCUAUAUUCUAGGAGCCAAGCAAAAUGUUGGUGUUUUUUACUAGAAGAGCCUGCAAUUCUUUACUAGUUUGUUAUCUAACCCCAGGGCCGGUACUAAGUGUAGGCUAAAGUGGCAUGCUUAGUGGGCAAUGGGCACAGAUCCCAUACCUCUUCUGCCCUUGAAGAUCUCAAAUCCCAGCAGUUUAAGCAAUUCUCUGCAUGCAAGGGGGGGGGGGGGGGGCAAGAGCAGGCUGCCUGUGGCACCCCUCUAGCUUGCCCUGGCCCAGUCAACAACACCAAUAUUUAACUUAUAUAGUUUAACAAUAACCUCUAUUUCAGAACAAUCUUUUAUUUGUUUUCCAUGCAUUUCUUUAUCUUUUGUGUAAUACUAUGAAUUAUUGUUUCCAUUACACUGAUCAUUAUCAGAUAACUAAAUCCUGUCACCGAUUAUGCUACCCUUGAAUGUCUGUUCAUAAUUCAUGUUUUUUUUAGUAAAAGAAUGAGCCUAAAUAUAUUCACAACUAAAGAAAGAUAAUGUGGGAUUGCCAAAAAAUGACAAAAAGGCAGUAAAAUUAUUUUAUAGCGGUUGUGGCAGAAAGAGAAAUAUCACAAACAAUCCAAAUUGUGAAAACAACUGUGAAUCACAAACUGGUGGGAAAAGCAACCCCUCAAGUACAAAAUAUAAUACAGUCACAUAAUGAUAAGUAAGGAAAAAGUAACAAUGAUAUUCAAAUAUGCCAAAUUAAAAAUAUAUCAAUAUGCUUCCAACAUUAUUUUCACAAAUUCUUGUCAUAAAUGAAAACUUUUAUGACUUGGAACUUUUUAGGAACUGACUCAUAUGGUUACAUUGACAGAUGGGAGGGUUAGGAGAAGAGAGAGGUGGUAAUUUCAGUUACGGUAAUUCCUAUCUUACUUAUUAAAUACUGAUAUAGAGAUACAGAAUUUAGUCACAGCAUGUCUUCUGUCUUCUAAAUGACAAAUAUUAAUGUGAAAGAAAAAAAGAACAGCAAACCUCUAUGUGAAAUGAGACUGACUGAAAUAUUUUGUGUUCAAGAAACUUGAUAUACGUCACCAGCACACACAGCACAAUCAAAUCAAAGGAAAGGCAUGGGGAGAGCUGGGAAUUCAGAUCUGAGAAAUGAGGGGGAUGAAAGGCAAAGAACUUACAGUGGGUGGGUCAAACAUUCUUAAGAGAAAAGAAAAAUAUAAAAUGCCAUUCAUUACUAUGCUUCGAAAAGCCAUUGUGAUAGUGGGAUAGGAAAAACAAAAUAAUGUUCUGAAAUAAAACACAAACUUGAAAUAAGUGUUCCCAAGCUUCUCAGUACAGACAGUUAUUUUCAGUUUUUUAAAUGCAUUUUUUACACAGAAUUGUGUAGAAUUGUGUAAAUGUGCUCAAACUAAAUCCAAUGAAUGAACAUAUGUGUGGGAUAAUUAGGACAAAUGUAAAAGGAGUAGUUUUUGUGAUGUAGAAAGUGAUAUUCUGAGUCAGGCUGUAGCUCCAGGGUUCCCUUUGUGCCCAGUGUCUCUAAGUGCAGCACAUUUGUACCUAAAGAAUCAGGUGCAGAUAGCAAACACUGCAACAAUGCAACAAUGCUAGAAUUGAUGGAAAAAAACACAACGAUUGCCCUUGAAACUGCCAUGUGUAGGUUUUGUAAUGCUCUCAUUUUAAAAGAAUUCUUUAACAGUGAGAGGAUACAUGAAUGCAGGGGAGUUAUACUGUAUCUUGUUUACGUUUUUUAAAUCAGGUUAUAGUUUCAAACAAACAUUCCUUGAUCUUCUUUUGUGUUUUUUUAUUGUUAAAGGGCCACCAUUUCUUAGCAUGAGUGCAAUGAAUAGGGCUUGUGUCAAACAUACGUUUUGCCUCUUGUUUUAAUCACAAAACAUCAAUGGUUUUUUUUUUAACUAAACAAAAAACUGAAACUGCUCCAUGUUUGGACCUUGCAAGGUACAUAGUUAGAUUACCAGUGCAUAGAUAAUCCCGCUGCAUAAUGGACUCCUGCUAAGAAAAGGUUAUAAUAUUUGGUUAAGGGAUCCAUAAGUGCCUGCUGUUUCAUCUGUGCAAUGAUCCUUCUUUUGCUGUAGGUCUGGGUCAUGUGCACCUGGACCCUACGUGUUCUGUGGUGAGAUAAUCUAAAUACUCAUGGCAUUAUACACUAAAAUAUUUACAGCGUAUUUUAAAUAAUCUGCAAGGAUCAAACAUGGAGUAGCUUCAAUGCCUCUGAAUUUUCAUGAUUAAAAGAAUAGGCAAAAAUUCUUUUCAGCACAAGCCCUAUCCAUUGCAUGUAUGUUGAACAAGAGUGUAUACAGCCCUUUCAAUACUAUAACAUAUCUCACAUUGUUGUAACAUUACGAUAAGGAGGAUCUUUGUAACUGUUACACUUUAAAAAAGUAUUUUAGCUAUCACUGCAAUAAACACUUUGGGCAAUUUA